AUGUUGUCGGCGAGCUUCAAUCGCCUGGUGGAGGCCGCCAUCGUGCCGUUCGCCGAGGUGCUCACGCUCGCCGCCUUCGGCUACCUCCUCGCGCUGCCCAGCGUCAGCGUGCUCACCGACAAAGCCAGGCGCCUGCUCGGAAAGCUCGUCUUCGCGCUUUUCCUCCCAUGCCUCAUCUUCGCUUACCUGGGAGAUACGUUGACGCUGGAGCGGAUGCUGCUCUGGUGGUUCAUCCCCGUUAACGUCAUCAUCGCUGCCGUUUCUGGAUGCUUCAUGGGCCUGCUGGUCGUCGCGUUUGCCCGCCCGCCGCCCCGGUUUUACCGCCUGACGAUUGUCAUGACAGGGAUCGGCAACAUCGGCAACAUUCCCCUCGCUAUUGUCAACUCCAUUUGCAGGCGGAAGGUAGACAACCCGUUCGGAUCCCCGGCCGAAUGCCAUCACCACGGCGUGGCGUAUAUAGCAUUCGCUCAGUGGGUGGGAGCGUUCAUCAUCUAUACCUUUGUAUACCACAUGCUAGAGCCACCGGAAGAGUUCUACGAGAUCGUGUCUCCUGAUACCGUCCCCGGAUCUGACGCCGCUCUCCCUGACGGCUCCCUUUCUCCAACCCCCCUUUCUCCAUGCGCCUCUCUGCCGAUCCUCGCUCCUGGGUCGGCAGCAGCCAGUCCUUCCCUCGAACCUCAACCUGGUGGGAUUUUACCAUCCGUUAAGAGCCUCCUUCCAGGCUCCUGGUUCCAGUCGCGGCAGAAAAGCUCGUUACUGCGGCAGCAGGAGCAUGAGCACUAUCAGCGGCUGAUCGCGUCACCCACUCAGUCCAGCCGUCAGCUGCUCGAGACAGAGUUCCCUAGUCUGCUGGAGGUGACUGCUCGCGCGCCGCAGAUGAAAGAGCCGCUGCUGGCGCGUCUGUUCAGAAGCCUUUCCAUUUCAAACGCUGAGAGAUCUGUGGGUGGUGUGGUUAAGGGCCAGGCUGUGGCUAAAGCUGCUGUCGAGGCUCAAGCUGUUUCUGCCGCUGCUGCAACGAACGGCCAUGUAAACGGAUGUGAGGACCGGCAGGGAGAGAUGACUGGGGAGAGGUUCGACGGGCAGCAGAGAGGGAGGGAGAGUGCGGUUCUGGAUGCGAUGGAAAGGAACGCAGCAGGCGAGGAAGGAGAUAUGGGUGGUCACAGCGCAAGAGUGUCAUGCGAUGCGCGCUCCGCCAAUCCACACAGCGUGAGGUGCUCUUGUGUGUGUGGCAACUGCAAGGAGACAUGCUGUGUGGGUGUGGUUGAUAGCAGCUCGGCCAGACGGAGCAUCAGGGGCUUGGAUGCGGCGGGUGGUACAGAUGCUGAUGCCUGCACGUGCGGUAUAACUGUAGAGCCGUGCACAGUCACAGGCUCAGGCUCACGCAGAGGGUCAGACGCAGGCAGAAGCAGGCCCAGCACAGGGACCAGCAGGAGGAGCUCAAUGACUCAGAGCAGCUGUGGAGAGGAGGACGAUAGCACAGAGGGGCACAAGGGGCAGAACGGUGAUACCUCUGCUGCUGAAAACAAUCCUUCUGCUGCUGGUGGUGCUGCUGCUGGCGCUGGUGCUGAUCAUCACAGUGUUGACCAUGAGAAGGAGGUGCGGGAGGACGAGGACGAGGAAGGGUAUGAAGACGACCGUGACUUGGAGUGUGUGCCGUGCCUCCAGGAGCCCCAGGUGGUGCGUAAGAUGCGCGUCGUGGCAGAGCGCACACCCAUCCGCCACCUCAUGCAGCCGCCCGUCAUCGCAUCCCUCCUCGCCAUCCUCGUCGGCGCCACCCCGCACCUUAAAGCCCUGCUCUUCGGCCCCUCCGCUCCCUUCCUCUUUGUAGUAGACAGCCUGACUAUCCUUUCCGGUGCUAUGAUCCCCUGUAUCAUGCUGGUGCUUGGAGGGAACAUGAUCAGCGGGCCAGGGGGAGGAUCGGGGCUGGGAGUGCAGACAACUGCUGCUAUCAGUGUGGUGAGGCUGCUGGUAUCCCCAGUGGUGGGAAUGGUGGUGGUGCUGCUAGCGGAAUGGAUGAAUUUCCUGCCUCCGAAUGACAAGAUGUUUCGGUUUGUGCUGCUGCUGCAACACAGCAUGCCUAGUUCCAUUCUGGCUGGCGCCAUGGCGAGCUUGAGAGGGUAUGGGGAGAAGGAGGUGUCGAGUUUGCUCUUCUGGCAGCAUAUACUGUCGGCGUUUUCACUCACGCUCUUCCUUGCUCUCUACCUUCACUGGCUUAUUUGA